AUGUUGAAGUUGAGACCAGUUUUGAGGCAUUUGGUAUUCAGGCCUGCAAUAGCGUCUAGGGUAAUUACUAGAGGUAUUGCUUAUAGUAGCGUUCAAUACAAUAAGCUCGCAAAAUUAGAUAGUGCUAACGAGCAUGCGAAUCAAGUGAAGGUUGCAGAUGAGGUAAAAAUUGAAAUUGCAACAGAUUCGAUUCCAAUGCCGGAUUCGACUCCGGAGGCACCAGCUACAUUCGAUGGUUUGGCCAAAACAGGACAUGUUCACAAAGAUAUCUUGAAGGCGAUAAAUUUGGCUAAAUUCAAGACGUUGACUCCAGUGCAAGAAAAAUCACUUGUUCCCAUUUUGGAAGAAAAUGGAGUUGUUUGUCGUGCUAAGACAGGAACCGGUAAGACGUUGGCAUUUGUUAUACCUACUUUGCAAUGUGCACUUGAAAAUUUCGACCCCUCAAGAGGUGCAAGAGGCAAAGUCCAUGCGUUGGUCAUUGCCCCAACGAGAGAUUUAGCUUUGCAAAUUGAAUCUGAAUAUAAGAAAAUUAUUGAAAACAUGCCACAUCAAGCUAAGAACAAGGUUCGUAUUGAGGUACAUAUGGGAGGGCGUAAAACUAGACCAAGCCAUUCUGCGCCAGCCAUUGUUAUCGCCACUCCAGGGAGAUUAAAUGAUAAUUUGAGGCAGUCGAGGUUUGCUAACAUGUUUACUGAUUUGAAGUAUAGAGUUUAUGAUGAAGCAGAUAGACUUUUAGAUGAAGGGUUUUCUGUCACUUUGGACGAUAUCGACAAUCAAUUGAAGAAGGCACAUAGCAUGGCUACAAAUCCUAAUGCAUCAUUUAAGUCAGUUUUAUUUAGUGCUACCGUUGAUAAAUCUGUUUCCAAUUUUGCUAAAUCUGUCAUGGGUGAGGAUUAUAAAUUCAUUAAUUGUGUUGACGAGAAUGAACCAGAAGCGCAUGAAAAUAUUGAACAGACCUUGGUUAAAACUAAUACUAUUGGUGAAUCUUUCAAUGGGGCACUCGCGUACAUCAUUAAUAAUAUGAACAAUUCAGGAUUUAAAGCAAUGGUUUUCUUACCAACUGUAACUGCUACCGAUUGGUUUUACUCCAUGUUGAUGAACGCUAAAGAUAAGGAAAUGUAUGACACUCAACAAACGAGAAAGUACGGUUCGAAAAUUUUACGUUUGCACGGAAAAAUGAGCCAAGCAGCAAGAGAUAGAACAGUUAGAGAUUAUCGUAGACUUUCCCAUGGUAUUUUAGUUUGUACUGAUGUUGCUGCAAGAGGUUUAGAUUUUAGUGAUGUGAGUGAUGUUGUCCAAAUGGGACCUAGUUCUGAAGUUGCGGAUUAUAUUCAUAAGAUUGGUAGAACAGCCAGAGCAGGUGCAUCGGGUAGAUCUAUAUUAUUUUUGUCGAGUGCAGAAAGGAAUUAUAGUAAAGCAUUACAAUCGAAGAGGGGUGUUAAAUUUGAACAUGAAAUAAAGUAUGAAACUGCUGAAGAAGACAAAGAGUUAGUCAAGCAAAUUGGUGCUGAUGUGGAGGAUGUUGAAAGUUUUAUUCCUACUUUCUUAGGUUUUUAUAAGCAAGUUGGGUCUGCCUAUAGGAUUGCUCAACAUGAUUCGUUAUCACAAAUUAUUGAUUAUUAUAGAUUUUUAAUCAAUGAUCCUGAAGCUAAGCUUUCAGUUGGUAAGGGCUUUUUGAGAAACGUUAUAAGCGUUCCUCCGCGUGAAGCUAGUCUCUACUUUGAUGUUCCAGGUGGAUUUAACUUCAGUACAACAAAUAAUCGGUCUGCUAAAAGAACUUUUAUGGAUAACUCUAGCGGAAAGAGAGGGGGUUUCAAAAAAGGUGGAUUCCAGAGAAAUUAUGAAAAUCAGGAGAAUAGAGGCUACUCAGAUAAAGGCAAUUAUAGUAGGCAAAAUUUUGGUGCUUCAAGAAAUAAUAGAAAUGAUUACUCAAAGAAUAAUUACUCUAAAGAUUUUAGAAAGUCAAACAACAAGCGUGAUAAUAGAUGGAACAGUGGAAAAGAUGAAAGUGGAUGGUAA